AAGGCAUCUUCUUCGAGUUCCCAUGAUAGGCUUUCUGCUGGGAGGGACUCAGGAGAUGUUGCUGAUACAAGCUUGGAAACGGAGGUGGAAGUUCACCAUGCCGAGAAGCUUGGACAAGAUGAAAACCUGAACAUAAAGAAAUUAAAAGAGAGCUGCGACACAGCAAGAAGCGACCUGAAGCUCCUCCUAUGCACUGUCAGAGAGAGUGUUGCCUCUGGUUUUACCGAUGACGUGAAAGACACUUCCUGCUUUCAGAACAAGCUGGAUGAGCUACAGACUUUAGAGAGCAAAGGCGAUUCUUCGUGGAAGCGGUUUGAGACGAUGGCUUUAAAGCUUGAAACGGAAACAGAAGAAUAUGCAGACACAGAAACAUCUCGGGAAGAACUGCUCCGAGAAUGGAACAAGCUUCACGUGGCUUUACAAGAACGGAUGGAAUCUUUAAAGGCUGCUUGGGCGUUCGUUUUGCCGAUGGAAAACGAAUGGGCUGUGCUCUGCAGCUUGGAUAAGCAGCUCUGCGAAAUAAGCGUGCGGCAGUGUCUGUUGACUGACAGCGAUCUCGCCGGCAAACGACUGAAGGAAAUGCAGGCGUCUGUCGCAGAUUGCAUCGCGAAGUGCAACCGGCUGGAACAGGGCAGCCCCGUGGGAGGGAGCCUUGACCCGGUAGAUCGGCAAGCCGUGUGCGUGAUGGUGGUUAAGUACAAAGAGCGGUUCGAAGAACUGGGCGAUAAGGGGGAGGCCGCUGAAAUCGAUAAACGGACUGAAGCAGAAGCUGAAUCGCCACGCUGUGGAAAUGAAAUCCUUAAAAGAAAAAUGCGAUUACUGAAAUCGAUAAACGGACUGAAGCAGAAGCUGAAUCGCCACGCUGUGGAAAUGAAAUCCUUAAAAGAAAUUAGCAGUCAGCUUUCACAAUCCAAGGAGGCAGACGAGGUCACUCGAAGGUGGACAGUUAUGGAAGCCUUAUGGAAUGAGACCAAGCUCUCCAUUGCUGAAAGGCAGGAGCAGUGCGCUCAGGCGAUAGAGCUCUUGAAGCAAUACCACAGCUGCAAAAGCUGUCUGGAAGGCAUUACUCAGGAACAAGAGCGUAUCCUGUCCCAGCAAGCAUCGUACAUGGGGAAAGAGAACCUGCAGAGGACGAUGGCCAAGGUUGAGAUGGCAAAGAAGGAGUUCAACAGCCACUCCGAAGACAUCGACAAGAUAAACCAGAUCAGCAAAAACCUUCAAUUCCAGCUGAACAAAAUGAAGAGCUUUGAGGAGCCCCCCUUUGAGAACGAGGCUAAUGUCAUCGUGGACAGAUGGCUGGACAUCAACGAGAGGACGGAGAAUUAUUGUGAUAAUCUGGGAAGAGCACUGGCCUUGUGGGACAAGCUCCUUAAUUUAUCCGGCUCGAUAGAUCUGUGGAUCAACUCGGAGCUGAAGAAUGUGGAAGACCAUCAUCUGACUGAAGAAGAGUUAGCAGGAUUAGAGGCUGGCCUACAGUACCAAGAGAAAAAUUUAGAGGAAUUUGAGAGAAAAGUGGAUGAAAUACAAGAUCUCCUCAGUGGUAGUGAGCCACUGCUAGAAUUACAGGUCAUCAAAUCUUCUCUUUUGAACAAAAUGGAGCUAAUAAGAAAGCACUUACCAAACAAGUCAAUACCCGCUGAACUCAACGGCAAUACGGCUGAGCUAAAAGGGGAUCUUGACCUGGCCAAGACGCAGAUUGGAAUGACUGAAUCGCUUCUGAAAGCUUUGUCUCCCUCUAACACCCUGGAGAUCUUUACUAAAUUGGAGGAACUACAUCAAAAGAUUCUUCAACAAAAGCACCAUGUGACAUCGCUCCAGCAAAAGACAGGCUGUUUGAACCCAGACGUGAUCGAAUUAAACAAGCAGCUUAAAAGUGUUACUGACUUAUUUAAUUCAAAGAAGCAAAUUUUCCAGGAUCAUUUUUCCACUCUCUUGAACUAUCUGUGUAAGGAUUUUAAUGACUGGUUCAGUGGAACAUGGAUGUCUCUGAAGGAGUGCUUUGAUCCCCUGGAAACAAAAGCGCUAUUAGAAGAGAAGCUUGAACAGCUGAGGAGCUUCCUUGCUUUUGAAGGCAAAGGCGAUGACAUCCAUGAAGUGGAAACUCUUCUGAGCAAGGUGAAGAACUACCUGACCAAGGCCACCGUCAAUCAACUGAGCAUCUGGGUGAGAGACCAAGAAGCAGAGGUGCAAAGACUGACUUCCAAAUGUCAGGCGCGAGAAAAAGAGCUCCAAGCAACUUUGCAGCAAUUUGCCAGGCUAGAAGAAGACUUCAGUGCUCUAGAAGAAUGGCUAAGUCUUCAGGAAGAGAAAGGGCAAGAGGGCCAAAAGGAUAACCCAGAACUUGAACAUUUUUACCAGAUCCUGCUAAAACAGAGGGAGCCAUUUGAUUCUUUGGCUUGGUUGGCAAGUUCUUUGAGGCAGUCUGGCUUUUCAAGCGAUGAAGUGGUGCUGGAAUCAACAGAGCUGGUUGACCGGUACAAGACGUUGCUCAGCCACGUACGUAAAAACCUUGGGGUUUCUCAGGCACUUUCUGUGGAAGAAAAGAACUUUGAAGAACUUGCCCAGAGCACACUCUCAUGGGUGCAAAGAGUGAAAGAUUCCAUCUCUGAGCUGAUGUAUGAGGAAGCCAAGAUGCCAUUGGAAGAAAAAAACAUGGCAAAACUCUUGGAAGGCCACGACGAAGAGCGGCAGCGCUGUGAGGAACUCGCAAUGCGCUUGAGGGCUACACUGAAGGAAGUCUUGGCGCCUUCCGACAGGGCGCAAAAGCAGGUCCAGCAAAAUCCUCUUGGCCCAAUGGAACGUAUGUUACAGGAGAUUGUAGCCUUAGUAGAAUCUGUCAAGCAGAAGCCCUCCCUGUUGCAACAGAAGUUUAUUAAGGAUGGGACGGACACGCCUCAGUGUCAACCCAAAAAACGUUUCAAAAGCAAACAUGAAUGGACGGAGCAAGAGGCCUGGAGUAUCCACAAUGAUGCGGUCAAACAAAACAAUGGAUUUUCUGAUAAAACGAAGACCCAAGAGGUGAUUGAUAAAACGAGGGAGACAGACAAACUAGUCAUUUCUGAUAUUCCCAUUGCUGCUACUGAAGAUAGCAAUCUGGAAGAAGGCCUUGUCGAGUGGCAGGAAAGAUCGGGGUUAAAAGGCAGCCUGGUGGAAAGCGACAAUUUGCAGCGCUCGACAAGUCAGAGUGGAAAGAGGGCAAAGAAAUCCAGACAAGCGCCGGCGGAUAAUCGUCUUACCGACAAGGCUCGGCCACGACAGCAGGGCUAUCAAAAGCAAUUGCAAGCGACGGGCGGGAGGUCAGAGGCGCCUCAAACCACUUUGCCGUUAAUGAAUGGGAAAGUAAUGGGGGCCGACCUCGUUCCCUCUCGGGCUACCCAUCAGUCCCCGGAAAGCAAGGGAUCCGUGGUGGAAGGAGUUUCCCAGAAAGGUCUUGCUCCACCCGAAAACCAAGCAAUUGCCAAAUACACUGAGAUGAAGCAGAAGGUCAAUGACAUGAAGAUCCAGGUUGCAGAGCUGGAUGUUGUGUUGGUGAACGACCAACUGGGAGAGAUAGAGCAUUUGCGCAUCCAGCUGGAACAGCAGAAGGCGGAAGCUUUGCUGUUAUCGCAAGAAGAGUGCUUGACCGCCACACAAGUAAGCAAGACACAUCUGCAGGACCCACACAGCCUAGUUUCUGGCUGGGACCGACUACUCGAAGAUUUAAUGACUAUUCAAGAGGCCAAGCGGCAUCAGUUUCAUUUAGUUAAUAAUUACCAAGAACGCCUCGCUGCUGUUCGGUCUUCCAUGAAACGUUUAUCAGCGGGAAAAGACCACAUCAAAACAAGGGGACCUGUGGAAGGCGCAGUUCUUCUGGAAAGCAUUCAGAAGUGCUUGGCUUCCGUGAAGAAAGAGAGAGACCUUCUGAAUGACCUGAAGGCACAGCAAGAAUAUUUAUCCAGAUAUCUUAAAGACAUGGACAAGGAGUUAAUGCAAAGCCAGGUAGAGGAAGCGGAGCAAUGGUGGGACGAGAGCGAGCACUCGCUUCAAAGGAAGCAGCUUCAGGUCACAGCAGAGGCCAGCGAAUUUAAACUCCUCAUGAGUAAAGCACAGGCCCUCCAGAGGUCGCUAGAACAGCAGUACCAUUUGCGAACGGGAUUAAGUGUUCCCAGUGGAGAAGCAAACGCGCAUCCGGCAUCGCUGGCCGUAGAGCUGCAGACCCUGAAACACGGCGCCGUUGUGUUCAAAAGGGACGCCGAGAUGCAGAUGAAAAGGAUGUGGAGUGAUGCGGAAAAAGGGGCACUGGAAAACGCCAUGAACGAUUUGCAGAACCAAGUGGAGGAACUGGAGCAGUUGACCCCUCGGGAGGAGGUCUGGUUCGCUGGCAGUUCUCCCCGGUCUUAUGAACUUAUGAAGAGGAUAGAAGAGGCCGUUUUGUGGGUCGGAGUCAAGGCGCUCCACCUGGAUGAGCAGGCAGCGCUUUUCCCAGAUGAUAUGGUGUCCCAAAUUGAAAAUUGUCAGGCUAUGAUCGGAGAAGCUAAAGACAAAGAACCAGCUCUCACACAACUGGUGAAUGAAGCCCGGAAUAUGGCUUCUCAUUUGGAACCUGGAGAUGCCUCGGGCCUCGGCUCCCUUUCCUCGCAGUUACAAACCGACUACUGCGACCUUGUCCUGAAACUAGCACAGAGGUUGCAGCAGCUGGAAUCUCAGCUGGGAAAGAGACAAAGGCUUUUUGCAGAUGUAGAAAGAGUUGAAGCCCAGCUUGCGGAGGUCGAGAGGACGUCGGCCUCUGACACCUGUGAAGCAAGCGCGGUCUCUGACUUGGAGCAGUGCCGAGCUGCUUUGGAAAGGAUUCCUAAUGCCAUUCAGGAAGUGGAAGGCCUCAUAGAUGAACAUUUGAAAGACUUUCCUCAGGGGCUAAAUAUAUUCGAGCAAUUAUUUUUAGACGACUGUUUGAGAAGCCUCGGGAGCAGAACAAAGAUCGCCUACAGGCUCAUCCAGAACAGAUGCCAUACGGUGCAAAGAAAGAUCAAUGCCUGGAGAAAGCUCUCAGAAAAAAUAACCACAUUGCAGCAGGAUCUCGGCGGUCCCCAGGGUGAUGAGUUGGACUGGAAAGCCAGGGAGCUGUUGAGUACAGGGGAAGAGGCCAAGGGUAAAUCGAAUGGGUUUAAGGAGAGAGCUUUGGACAUCCAGUCCAGUGUGUCACAUUUGCACCGAUACAAGGAAGUGUGGGAAUGCCUGGGUCUGAAAUGGGACGUCUCACGCGGCCGCCUCGACGAACUGCAGAGCCAGCUUUGCCAAGCGGCGAAAGGCUUCUCUGCAGAAUGCGACGGGUACCAAAUGCCGCUCAGUGAGGUCGAAGCGGUUGUAUCUAGCCUUCAGAAAGACUGCGAGGCCUUAAGAGAUGGUUCUGGCUCUGCCCCUGAAACCGGACUGAUCUCAGCAAAGAUUUUGAGUCAGAGAUUGCAGCAGGCCAGGUCCUUAACUCAGGAGGAACUCAGUCAGUUAGACAAAAGCGAGACCCUGGGCGCGUCUCUCAAGGCAGCCAAGAGGCAGCAAGUAAAGAACUUGGGAGACAAAAUAGAUGGGUUGGCACAAGCGAUACAGAGUCAGAUAUCGGCUCUUGAAGAAAAAUGCAUCCCUAAACCAGAUCUUCGGAGCAGGCUGGAUCAUAAUUUGCAGAUCUGGAGGCAAGUCGAAGCUGAGCUCCAGCAACCCCUCCAGGUCGACUUGGAAACAUAUAUGAUCCUCGGUGAAAAGAUGUACUGCAAAGCGCUUGAAGAUGUCAUGGGAGUAGAACUUUGUGUUGCUGAAGAGCUGAUGAAAAAAGAGAGGGGAGGCGUGGAAGACAAACCUCCCAAUGACCUGCAAACAAAAUUAGAUGAACUGCAAAACUUGAGAGUACAGCUGAAAGAAUGCGUUGCCACACGUAUAAGUGCCUUAGAGGAGGCCUACAGGACUGUGAAGUCUUACAACGAAGCUGUCCAGAAGGCCGCGGAUCUCGUCCAUCAGCACGAAUCCCUCCUCUCCUCUCCUCUGCUCAGCUUGUGCGAGCUAGAAGAGUCUUGCCUGCUUCCUCACCGUACGCAAGAAGAAUUUGAGGCAGCAAAGGCUGAAGUAGAAACCCUGACCUCCAACCUGCGAAGCCUCAUUAAGCCAAACCUCAAGCCACAGUUGGAAGAAACACUUUGUGAUCUAGUUGCUAAGGGCUUGGAAAUAAAGGAGCAAAAUCUGAAGAGGAAAUCUCAUAUUCAGAGAUGUUUUGAAAAAUACCGCCGCUUUACAAAAUCCAAAGAGAAAAUAUGUGCUGAUCUUCAUGAUAUAAAGAAGAUAGUUGGGAAAUCUUUAUACCGUAGGGCAGGAUCUUACAAAGAAGCUUUGGAGCAGUCUGAUCAAAGCAAGGCAUUGGCCUCCCGACUGGCUUCGAUGGAAGAGGAUCUUGUGAAGUUGCGGCGGGACCUGGGGCAUCUGAGCCCGAUGUGCAAAGAAAACGACCGCCUGCUGAUGGACAGUGUCAUGUCUGCCAUGUGGCUGAAGUGGCUGAGCUUGCUGAAGGAGGCCAGGGGAUGGGAGGGCAGGUGUGAGGAGCAGAGCCAGGCGUGGAAAUCUGUCAGCGAGGAGAUUGAGCGAGAGACGAUCAUUCUAGACAAUCUUCAGGAAGAUUUACCUGAAAACCCCAAAGAGAAAGAGAGAUCCACCAAAGAGGAACUGCAGGCAUUUCUGGAAUGCGCAAACUGUUAUGAGGACGGUGUGAAAGCUGAGGAGUGGUUCCUGCGCUUAAUACUUCACCGCAUAAGGCACAUUCUAAACAUCCCUCAAGGUCCCACAGAGAAGGGAAAAGACGUUCCUGUUGUGAGGGAGAUUCGUGUCAUGCACGAUCGACUGAAAGAGCUCCAACAAAAGGCUCAGAAGCAAAAGGAUGCUGUGCUGUAUGAGAUUCAAGACCGGGCCAAGGCAAGCAAUGAAAUAGAUGCUGUGAAGAAUACCUUGCAAGAUUCCACGCUGUUGCUGCAUGGCGUGGACUUAGAGGCGCUUCCUGAAAGGACAGCAAAACUCGAGGAGAUCCAGAGAGCCAUUGACCAUCAGAAACAAACUUUUGAGCAGAUCAUGGACAGACUACGGAUCAAGUACUCUGAAAUGUACACGAUAGUCCCGGUUGAGAUUGAAAAACACGCGGAAGAUUGCAAGCAGGUCUUACAAGACUUAGAAGAAAAGGUCAAUACUGAAGUCCUGAAAAAUUCCCCUCACUACACCACAGAUAAAAAAAUAGAAGACAUUAAUAAAGGCCUCCAAGCCAUUGAAAACAUGUUACAGCAGAAGAGUGCAGAUGUGACGAAAGCCAAAGAAAUACAAAAGAGAAUCUGGGAUUUGCUAGACCUUUGGCAUUACAAAAUGAAUGAACUGGACUCCGAAGUCCAAGACACCGUCGAGCAAGACCCUUGCCAGGCCCAAGAGCUGAUGGAUCGCUUGAUGAUCCCGCUGCAGCAAUACCAGCAAGUCUCACAGCGGGCCGAGCGCAGGACAACACAAAUCAACAGGGCUGCCAGCAAGAUGGAAGCGAGUGAUGAACUCCUGAAGAGCACCAGGGCUUGGCUUGAAAGCACCAACCGUCUGCUGACUGAGGAGGCGAAGAGCGACUCUGCCAAAGCGUUGAAUAAUCAUGCCAGCACACUCCAGAUGGCAUUGGAAGAUUCAGAGCAGAAGCAAAACCUCCUCAGCGCCAUGUACCCAGAACUGGAUGAGUUGUCCGCUUUGAUUGAAACCGACAGUAUGGUGAAGCGGCUGAACGGCGUCAAUGAAGAAGUCGCGGCCUUACAGCAAAAGAUAGUGGGAAUUCUCCCGCUUAUCCAACACGUGGCCGACGAGUUGGAAGCUAUUGAAACCGAAGUGAGAACAAUGGAGAAGGAUGUGGACAAAAUUAAGAUGAUCCUGUCCCCUUCCGAAGACACCCUCGAGUUUUCUCCCAAAGAGCAUCUUAAACAUGGCCAGGUCAUAUUGGCCCACAUUGGCCCCAUGAAGAAGGCCCUCAGGGAGAUUCAGUCUUACCAAGAAAGUCUUCGGCUUCCAGGAGUGAAGCUGCAGCCUUUCUCUGCCUUCCAGAGGGCAAAGCAGCUUUUGAAAGACUUGAAGACAUUAGAGAGAAUGACCAGGGAGCAAAACGAGCUGCUUGAGCCAAUUGUGAAAGAGAUGGAACAACGCGAGCAAGAGAUAGACGCUCUGAAGCAGUUCCUAAAGAGCCACUUGGAUGAGUCGCCUACAGAAAUCUCAUUAACUGCUCAGGCUGCUUCCUACCCAGAGGGCGAAGAGAUGGAGAAGAUAAAGCAAAAGAUCGUUCUCCUGUGCCAGACAAAGGAUGACCUCUUGAUGACCAUGAAGAGUUCUCUGCUGGAGCUUCACCAGCGGCAUGAACAGUCUGAACUGGAAGAUGAAGGUGUUGAAUCUACGGAGCUAGAGGAAAGUGGGUUGGCCAGUGGAGGAGGCACUGAUCGACAGCUGUCGAAGCGAGGGUCGCUGUCUCUUCUACCUUCCCUGGUUGAAGAAGCAGAAGACGGCUCAUUCCUCGGUGAAGGUGAAUCCGCCUCCAGCCCAGUCACAAGCAGUGCAGAAUGUUCAGUGACAACACUGGGAGACUCCGCGGGAGAGGCGGACACCCGCGAUAAGCCUGCUGCCCCCGAGCCCGCUCAGCUCCUCCACGUGUGCCAGGCAAAAGUUGCUGAGCUGGAAGGGUGGCUCGGCAAAGUGAAAGAAACCCUGAGAUCAGAAGGCCCGGCCCGACCGAUGCAGCAGGCGGUGGAGCGGCAUCUCGCUGCUUGCCAGGCAAUGCUGUUAGAGAUUGAGCAGAAGGUGGGGUCUCUCUUGGAGGACUGCAAAGACAGGCAGGCCGAUGAAAGCCGGAGCCUCCAGCAAGAAGCGGAGAGCCUUUCCCUGAAACUUAAAGAUGUGAAGUGCAACUUGGAAAAAGUCCAUGGCAUGCUCCAGGACAAGUAUGCGGAAGGACGG